UGUAUUGCUUCUAGAACGUAGUGCUCUUCUGCCUCCCCUGAUUCGAAACAUUUCUUCAACACCACACAAUUUAUCAAAGAGCUUCAAAUCAUUCCACAAAUUCCGGGGAGAAAUCUCCAUACCCAUCUCUCUCCCCUCCCCUGCGGCUCUACACCAACACCCUCCAUCCAGGUUGUUCUUCUUCUUCAUCUCAAUUUCCGCGCUUUUAUCGACUUUAUAUUCAUAUGCGUGGGUUUUUUAUUUUGUUGGAAUCUCGCAAUUCCGUGUUGUGCUCUGAUGAGUUUGGAACAAAAUUGGGAAUUUCCUUACGGUUGGUUAUCUGCGGGACUGGGAAAACUUUUGCUUUGAUAAGUACUUUAUCUCAAUUCGGAUUAGGGAUUUGAGUGAAAUAGGGUUGGGGAAUCGUGGAAUUUGUGUAGAAAUAUCUGUGUACUGUAUCUGUGUUUUGGGGACGUUUUGAUCGUUCAACUUGCUUGAAUUUAUCGUCGGGAAUCGCAUUCCAAAGGAAGGAGGAUUUCUGGAGCUAAGAAUCAUCGAAUUUCUAAAUUGGAAGUUGAAGCCCAAAUUAGGGUUAGGGUUAGGGUUUGGCAAUUGUUGGUUAAGAAGAUGAUAGAUUCGAUUGCUGCCACUUCCCUUUUGGGGAGCCGACCAAUUCCUCGAAGCUAUUACUGCAAAAAUGUUUAUUGCAAUAGGAAGGGCAUCGAUCUUUGCCGGCAAUUCAUCAGCCUGAAAAUUUUCGUCUCCGAUCCAUUUCCAUUUCCAUUUCUGAGAUUGCGAGCUAAUCCUCGAACUAGAUCAUUGAUAAAGUCUCAGGCAAUGGAGCUAACCCGCAGGGAGGCAUAUGGAUUCCGGCGAGAGCAAAUUCCUAGAGAUUUCCGGCAUGGGAUGGGGAUGGAGAGCGCCGUCGAUUAUAAACCUGGAAUGUGGCCGCCGGAGAACAAGGCGGAUAAUCCGUCUCUCAACAAUCCGUUGCUCCGGCAGGAAAGGAUGGGCUGCGGGUGGCUGACCGCCGUGUUUGAGUGGGAUGGAGUGCUGAUCGAAGAUAAUCCCGAUCUCGAGAAGAAUGCGUGGCUGGCACUUUCCGACGAGGAAGGGAAAUCGCCUCCGCCGGCGUUCGUUCUCCGGAGGAUCGAGGGCAUGAAGAACGAGCAGGCGAUAGCGGAAGUUCUCUGCUGGUCGCGAGACCCGAGCGAGCUGAGGAGAAUGGCGUCUAGAAAGGAAGAGAUUUAUCAGUCGUUGCACGGCGGGGUUUACCGUCUCCGCCCCGGUUCGCAAGAGUUCAUAACUCUGCUGAUGCAGUACAAGGUUCCGACGGCGUUGGUUUCAACUCGACCCAGAAAAUAUCUCGACGCAGCGAUCGACGCCAUUGGGAUUAACGGGAUUUUCGACGUGAUCGUCGCUGCGGAGGAUGUUCAUAGAGGAAAACCCGAUCCGGAGAUGUUUAUGUACGCGGCGCAGCUCCUGCAGUUCAUACCCGAAAGGUGUAUCGUCUUCGGAAACUCGAAUCGGACGAUCGAGGCUGCACACGAUGCUCGGAUGAAAUGCGUCGCGGUUGCUAGCAAACAUCCGGUGUACGAGCUUAGUGCUGCCGACCUGGUGGUGAAAUCCCUUAAUGAGCUGUCAAUGGUCGACUUGAAGAACCUUGCAGGCGUCGAACUUCCUGAAUUCGGAUUGGAGAUGGAGAUGGAGGUCGAAGAAGAAGAUGACUGGGGCGCGCCCUCGACUGUUGGAGUUGACGAUGGUUUCUGGUGAUGCAUUCGACGUGUACAUAAGGUUUUAUUCUAACUCGAUACCCUUUUUCAUACCGUAUAUAAAGUUAUAAGCGAUAGAAGCUAUGAUUUUUAAAAAAGAAAUGUCGCGGAAAGGGGUACGGUAUUUUUAAGAAAUGUGAUCACCAUAUCUAAUGUCUUGUAUAUAUGUAUUGUGUGUGAUAAUAUGAUAUCAUAUGCAUCGAAAGUUGUCGUUCGA